UCUUACAUAGGACGAGCCGCUCACUGAUCUUCUCAGACACUCCGGCAAGGGACUUAAUUACAGCACCAUUUGUUCUUGCCUCAAACCAUUUGUACACUUGAUAUUUUUCAGUGGCUCACCGUAACUACUCAAUAUAAUGAGGUUCCUUUAUUGACUCUGUCUAAUGACAUACUCGAAGGCCAGCUGUAGACAUUGGUGGCCCACAUAUGUAGGGGGAUAAUAAAAAAGUCUUGCUGCAAUGUUGCCUUCUCCUCUACUCCUCGCCCGAUCUGUCAGGCUGCUGCCAGGCCCGAGUUGGAGGCAAGGCUGUCUCCGGUGCGCAUGCAGAAACAUCUCAGUGAAACCAGGAGGUUUGAAACCCCAACAGUACCCCCCUCGUUACCUGGGCCAGCCCAGUCCCUUCACCCACCCCCACCUCCUCAAACAUGGGGAGGUGACCCCUGGGCUGACCCAGCUGGAGUACGAGCUGCGCCGGCUGAAGCUGGCCUCCCUGGUGGAGGCGCAGGCGGAGCGGCUGGGGCCGGCCGCGCCCUCGGACUCCCACGUGGUGGUGCUGCUGUCCCACCCCACUCGCUAUAUGACCAACGACAUCCCCUACCUCUUCCACCAGAACCAGGACUUCCUCUACCUCACGGGGAUCCUCGAGGCGGACAGCGCGCUGGUUCUGCACGGGACGGGGCGGCCGGACCGGGCCAUCCUCUUCGUGCCGCGCCGGGACCCCGCGCGGGAGCUGUGGGACGGGGCGCGGUCGGGGAAGGACGGGGCGGCGGCGCUGACCGGCAUCGAGAGGGUCCACUGCACCGAGGAGCUGGGCCUGGUGCUCCGGAGCCUCAAGGGCUCCUCUCUCUGGUACGACAGCUCCAAGCCGUCCCACCCCCAGCUCCACCAGACCCACCUGCGCCCCCUGCUGGAGGCGGGCCCCACGCCGCGCCCCGUCCGGCCCCUGACCCAGACGCUGCGGGCCCUCAAGAGCCCGGCGGAGGUGGCCCUCAUGCAGGAGGCCGGUCGCAUCACUGCCCAGGCGUUCAGGAAGACCAUGGCCAUGACACGGGGGCCGGUGGAUGAAGCCCUGAUCUUCGCUAAGUUUGAUUUUGAGAAUCGCGUCCAUGGGGCCAACUUCCUGGCGUACCCCCCUGUGAUCGCUGGAGGGAACCGCGCCAACACCUUGCACUACAUCAACAACAACCAGCUGAUCAAGGACGGUGAGAUGGUGCUCCUGGACGGAGGCUGUGAAUACUUCGGCUACGUCAGCGACAUCACCCGCACAUGGCCCGUGAACGGCCGGUUCUCGGGCCCCCAGGCGGAGCUCUACGAGGCGGUGCUGGAGGUCCAGCUGGCCUGUCUGUCCAUGUGCUCCCCCGGCGUGAGCCUGGACCACAUCUACAGCUCCAUGCUGUCCCUGCUGGGGGCGCAGCUGCGACGGCUGGGCGUGGCCAAGGCCUCCGCCAGCGAGGUGGAGCUGCUGAAGGUCGCCCGGCACUACUGCCCCCACCACGUGGGCCACUACCUGGGCAUGGACGUCCACGACACCCCCGAGCUGUCCCGCUCCCGCGCCCUGCAGCCUGGGAUGGCCAUCACCAUAGAGCCAGGCCUGUACAUCGCCGAGGACGACCGCCGGGCCCCCGAGCGGUUCCGCGGGCUGGGGGUCCGCAUCGAGGACGACGUGGUGGUCCGGGACACGGGGGGGCCCCUCAUCCUCUCCGCCGACGCCCCCAAGACCCUGGCGGACGUGGAGAGGGCCUGCGCCCAGCGCUAGGGGGGCCGUGGGGUCCCGGGGCCCCCCACCAGAGCGCACGUUGUCUCUAAAGUGUGUUCCGACGAAGUCUUCACGUGCUUGUGUUGGUGUUUGUUUUCUUUGGGGCGCAGAGAAAAACGCACUGAAGUGUCCACGUCUGGAACUCAAAGUAUAUUUUAUGGGAAAUCUGAUUAUUUAAAUUUUACAUUAAAUGAAAAAGGUUUGUUAAACCUCA